AUGGGUAGAAAAGAUGAAGGAGUGAAAAUCCCUAUGCUAGACAAAGAGCAUUAUUUUCACUGGAAGGUUAAGAUGAGGAUGCAUCUUCUGUCUCUUGACACCAGCUACAUUGACUGCAUUGAAAAAGGCCCUCAUGUUCCUAUGAAGAUUAGCACAUCUGUGAGAGCCACAGGGGAAGAUCUAGUUGAUACCCUUGUUCCUAAAAGUGCAACUGAGUUUACUGAAGAAGAUCAGAAAGAGGUGCACAAGGACAAGAAAGCCAUGAAUAUUCUGUUCAAUGGUAUUGACUCAGACAUGUUUGAUAAUGUCAUCAACUGCACAACUGCUAAAGAAGUGUGGGACACCAUUCAAACUCUCUGUGAAGGAACUGAGCAAGUGAGGGAAAAUAAGAUGCAGCUAUUUGUGCAACAAUAUGAACACUUUCACUACAAGGCUGGUGAAUCCUUAAAUGAUGUGUUUAGCAGAUUUCAAAAACUGCUAAAUGCACUCAAGCUUUAUGGUAGAGUGUAUCUGGUGAAGGAUUCCAAUCUUAAGUUCUUAAGGUCUUUGCCUAAGGAAUGGAAGCCAAUGACUGUGGCUCUUAGGCAAGCUCAUAACUUUAAUGAGUACUCAUUAGAUAAACUCUAUGGUACUCUUAAGACCUAUGAGCUUGAGAUACAACAGGAUGAAGAGAUGGAGAGAAGCUCCAAGAAAGAAAAGUCUGUAGCUCUUGUUGCUGAGAAGAGCAGUGAAGAAGAUGUACCUGUCCAGGUUGCCUGUGCCACAACUACACCAAGCAAGAGUGCUUGUGAAAGUAGAGCUGAAGGGCACAAAGGCAAAAACAAAAUGGUGGUGGUAGAUGAUGAAGAUUCUACUGAUGAAGAUAUUGAUGACAUUGAUGAGCAUCUUGCUUUUCUGGCAAGAAAAUUCUCUAAACUCAAGUUUAAGAAGAAUAGCUCAUCUGCUAGGCCAUUUAGAAGGAGCAAUCAAUCCAGGUCCUCAAAUCUGGUUGAUAGAUCCAAGUUUAAAUGCUUUAACUGUGGUCUAGCUGGUCAUUUCUCAAGUGAGUGCAGAAAGCCCAGGGCUGAGAAGGAGAAGUCUUCAUCUGACAAUGUUGACUAUAAAAAGAAAUAUUUUGAUCUUCUCAACCAGAAAGGUAGGGCAUUCAUUUCUGAAGAAAAAGAUUGGGCUGCUGGAGAUGAUUCAGAUGAUGAACAGCUGGUUAAUCUUGCCCUGAUGGCACUUGGAGAUGAAACUGACUCCCCCACACCAAGUAGUGGACAGGGAGCAAAGAAAAAUCUCUGGUAUGUGGAUAGUGGUUGUUCAAGACACAUGACUGGAGAUAUCUCCCUGUUAAGCAAGUUUGAGGAAAGAGCUGGCCCAAGUAUCACUUUUGGAGAUGACAGCAAAGGUUUUACUAAGGGAUAUGGCUUGAUUUCAAAAGAAAAUGUCAUCAUAGAUAAUGUAUCACUGGUUGAAGGAUUAAAGCACAAUCUUUUAAGUGUUAGUCAACUUUGUGAUAGAGGACAUCAAGUGUGGUUCUCAGAUGAAGCCUGUGUUGUCUCAAACAAAAAGAACAACAAUGUGGUUUUGCAAGGCAAAAGAAAAGGGAAUGUGUACAUAGCUGAUUUUAACUCUCCAAAUGCAGAUCAAAUUACUUGUCUUUUCAGCAAAGCAAGUACAGAUGAAAGUUGGCUAUGGCACAAGAAGCUUUCUCAUUUAAACUUCAAGUCCAUGAAUGAGUUAGUAAAGAAAGAUCUGGUUAGAGGACUUCCCAAAAUGGAGUUUUUCAAGGAUGGCUUGUGUGAUGCAUGCCAAGCUGGAAAGUAA